AAAGACAUCAAAUUUACCAUCAUACCAAGCCGCCAGGGCAUAGAGUCUCAGUCUUCAUAUUAUCAUUUCUGAAACAUCAUCAUCCAAUCUUUCAUACACUUCAAAUCCGUAUUUCUAAUCAGAGUCUUGAUCAGAAGCUAGCUGAGCCAAGAUGGGGAUCACCAAAAUCAGUCAGAAGUUUAUCACUCAGGUAACUCCAGAAAGGAUGUUCAAGGCCUUGAUCCUUGAUGCUCACAACCUCUGUCCCAAGCUCAUGUUCUCUUCGAUUAAAAGUAUCGAAUUCCUGGAAGGUGAAGGAGAAGUUGGAACCAUCAAACAGAUCAACUUCACUGAAGCUAGUCCUAUGAGAUAUGCAAAGCACAGGAUUGAUGCUCUGGACAAGGAGAAUCUGAUGUGCAGGUACACCUUCAUUGAAAGUGAUGCAGCAGAACAUUUGCUGGACAAGCUUGAGUACAUUACCUAUGAUGUCAAGUUUGAAGGGUAUGGCAGGGGAGGAUGUAUAUGUCAUUUGACAAGUGAAUACAAAGCCAAAGAUGGUAUUCAGAUCAAAGAAGAGGACAUUGAGCUUGGCAAAGACAGAGCCAUUGGGAUGUAUGAAGUCCUAGAGGCCUACCUAAUGGCUCAUCCUCGUGCAUACACUUGAAAGUAAAACAUUUCAAGAAGUUGUAGAAAUUAAUUUGUGGGAAUUAUGAUGCUGUGAACAAUACAUCUAACAUGUACUGUUGUUCAUGUUUUUGUUUCCAGACUUAAUUUUGUUCUUGUACUUUAUAUUCUGUAUUUUCCUGUUGUGAUCUACAAGAUUGUGAUUAUAUAUGAUUCUGGUUCUGAUCUAAUCUGGGUCUGUGUUAUCUUUCGGAAUGUAAAAGUAGUUCAUCCAAAUUCAUGGACAAAGCCAAUAUAAAAGAUAGAUUUAUUGGAAUCCAAACUAAUUGAUGCACCUAUGUCUAGGAUGGGUUAUGCAAUUCAUUAUAAUUCUCUGUAACUAGUU